AUGCCCCGACUGAAGGCCAAGGCGGACCCGCUGCCGUCGUCUGGCAAGCGGUUCUGCGGGAUCUGCGGCAAGGUGUUUGAGGAGCGGAAGCGGCUGCUGCGACACGUGGCCGUGCACGAUGAGACACGCGUGCGCAAGUUCGAGUGUCACAUGUGCGAGCUCAAGUUUUUUGAGCAGUGUCAUCUGGACAACCACCUGCGGACGCACACGGGAGAGCGGCCCUUCCGCUGUCCCGACUGCGGCAAGUCCUACACCCAGUUCUCGGCGCUCAACCGACACAGACGCAAUGCGCACGCGUCACCCGUCGUGGUACUCCAGCUGCCCACGCAAGAGUGGAAUGAAGUUCGGUCGCAGAAGAGUGGCGGAGCGAGUGUUACUCUGGGUAAGAAGAAGCGGAAAAACGCGAGACGAAAAUCGGAAAUUCGGGAAUUGGGGUCAACGAAACGACUCACGGGUCAGCAAGAACAGCACGUCGUGACGACCUCUGCUUCCACCAUGACCAUCUUGACGAUGCGGGACGUGUUGGCCAUGAACGGCGGCAACUUGGACCUGGGCGCUGGUUGCAAUGGAGUGACGGCAAACGCAUCGUCGACAACUCUUGCUGCCAUGUUCGGAAUGACGGAUAAUACCCUGAGCAGCAUCGUGGGUGUUUCUGAGGAAUGCUUGCUGGGGGAUGUGGACGGAGACCGGCGAGUGGAAGACCUCGUGUUUCCCGUAGACGAUGAGGAUUACGACCUAGACGAUAUGAAGGAUUUGAAAGACGAUGGUGUUGACCCGUGCUGUCCUACUCUGUUUCCCUGA